AUGACUUCCGAAGCCCCCCCUCAAGACGUCGCCGCCUCACAAGACGCUCCCAACGCCGCUCCCAACGCCGCUACAAACGGCACCGCAAAUGGAACCGCAACAGAGAAGAAAGAGAGGAAGCCAUUCUCAUGGACCCAACCGCAUCCCAUCUUUGUCAUCGUUUUAGUCGGGCCCGAUGAGGAGCCGUUUGGCCUGCAAAAAGACUUCCUCUGCGAUCGUUCCGAGUUCUACCGCAAGUAUUUUGAGGAGAAUGUCACAGAAAAGGCGCUGGAACAUAUUGUAAAACUCCCAGAUGCGACUGUGGAAGUGUUCGGUCUCGUACAAAGCUUCCUCUACACUGGCAAGAUCACAGGCGAAAAUUCCAGCGUCACUUCCUACGAAGCUCUGGUUGGCCUCUGGAACCUGGGCCACAAACUUGGCAUCAAGGGCCUAUGCGAGCAUACGCUCGAGGCCAUGGUGGAAUGCCGACGAACCACGGGUCGGAUCCCAGCGACGCCUCUUCUCAUCCAGGUCUGGCGAGAUACACCCGAGGGGUCGUCUAUCAGAGUCCUCUUGCUGUCUUGGGCCGCCGAGUACAUGAGGUCUUCAGACGCGCGGGCCGAGUUUGCCAAGUCUCUACCCCAGGAGGUGCUCAGCGAACUCGUGGUGACAAUGAGCUCGUUUGAGACCACUAUACUUCCAGCUCCUGCUCCUGCUGCCCCUGGAGCUGCGACCGGGACCUCUGGGCUCCCUCCGAGUGCUAUCAAGUCGCUUCCUGAGUCUCUAUCGACAGGGCCGAGAAAGAAUGUACACUACCUAGACGAACAGCUUGACGAAGAAACCCUCGCCGCGAAGAAGAACAGACGAUCGCUUGGCUUAGCAAGCGACCCAGGGUCGGCUCGCAAGUCGCAUCGCAAGUCUGGCUCUUCCCCACCAUUCAAAGCACAGAAGCGACGCUCGAGCGCAGCUAUGUUGGAGGGUAGGACGUUCUCAACUCAGCAGAAGCUCGACUUUUGUGCAGAUCUGCUGAAUAGGAUGCUCUCUGGGCCCGGCUUCUGGACGCGACUUGUUGGGCCCUUUCGAUCGCCAGUCGAUCCCGCGGAAGACGGCGUGCCGGACUAUUUUGACAAGGUCAAGAAGCCAAUGGACCUCAGCACAGUGAAGAUGAAGAUGGAUCAGAAGGAAUACACGACCGAAGAGGAGUUCCUCGGCGACGUGCGGCAGAUCUUUGAGAACUGCUUCACAUACUGGAAGAAGGGCGAUCCAAUGUUCGCAGCUGGCGAAAGGCUGCAGCGCACUUUUGAAGAGAAGUACUCGCACAUGAACAAAUGGAUCGCUAAGCUGGGAGGCGAAGAGGGCGAGUAG